AUGACAAAACAUUCUACCAGAAAUAGUGCUCCUAGUGACUAUUCCAGCUUGUCUGAUUCCCAGUUCCUUUUUGGAUCACAAUUUUGUCCUGAGAAUACAGAGUCACAGGAUUUCAACUUGUCUUCAAGAGCACAGAAGAAUUCCCAACAGAACUCUCAGCAGAUUGAAACUGAGUCGAAGUUCUAUGAGAAAUAUCAGGCAAAGCCAUACUUAUUUGCUGCGGAAAGCAAAGAGAAUCGUUUAUUGACUCAGUUUUGUGCAGCGAAACCCAAAAGCUUUCUGGAGCAGUUUGAGAUUAGCAGAAGAAAAGCGAAAGAUAAAGAAGAGAGCGAAUACUUCAAUAACUGGAUUUCUAAGCUGCAGGAAAGCAUUGAAGGGAUUAAAAUAUGUUUUAAUAAUCUUGAAAAGAAGACAGAACUGCACAAUAGAUCGGUUCUAGAGGGAUUGGACAGUUUAUCAAAAACAAUGCAGGAGAACAUAAACACACACUAUGAAUCAAUCGUGAGUGCCUUGGAAGCUCAAAAUAGUACUGAACAAAUUCUGGAAAUGGACAAGAGACUUGUAUCUAAGGAGGUGGAAGUGAAUAAUCUUAGAACUCAACUACAAAUAAUGCAGGAAUGCCUUGAUGGAAUUAAACAUGCACAAUGUCAACAAGAUCAGAAAAUGUCUGAACAGCUCUGUUGGUUUAAAGACAACUUUCAGGUUAAAGAAAUUCUGUCUGAACUUCAUAAACUCACUUCUAAUUCAAGCCUGAACAUUCAGGUGCAAAACAGUAUGACACAAACAACUCCUAGUACAAAUGAGGAACUCUGCAUAGUUGGUAAGAAGAAGGCUUAUUAUGAAAGUACAAGAGUUUGCACAACACUAUUCCAACCUCAACCAGAUCUAGUGGACAACCACCAACCUUUAGAUACUAAAGCUGUAUGUUCAGAAAUAUUACCUAAUGAUAGUAGCAGUAGUCAUCUGAAUGGUUAUCAGAAAACUUUGCCAGUUGAUGCCAGGUCAGGGCUGUGUACUUCCAUUCAUGAGCAUAAUGCUAUCUCUUUAAGUUGUGGAGGCAAGGCAGAAGGCACUUCUUCUUUUUCUACUGCAACAAACUCCAAUCACACAUCUGAGUGUCCAUUUCCUCACAUUGUACACAAGGAGGUUUUGCCAAAUGAGUUAUCUUUUCAAGUACCUCCCCAUGCUGAUGUCAAAUUGACUGAAUACCAGAAUGGUACAAAGAACAAAUCAGCCUAUACUUCCAAUGCUCCCAAGCAGUGCAAUGUUAAGAAAAUGGAUCACAAUGACAAAGAAAACAAAUGGACUCCUGUUUCCUUCAAUCCAAAUGUAAAAUAUAAGUUUGGUCAGAAAAUGUGGCAGGACACUAUGAAGAACAACAAUACAAGGAGAAGUUAUAGCGCAGCAGCAGGCAGGAAGAUGGCAACUAGACGAUGCACUGAAAAGGGAGCCACCUAUAAUGCACAUAGUAAGAGAAAGGAAAUCAUUGCCAAAGCAUCAGAUAAAUCAAAGUCCCUUAAUGUUUUCAUGAAAAAACCUGCUCUGGAUAAGCCAAAGAUUAAGGCAAAUACCCGCAGAAAAACAAAUAUAAAUGAAAGGAGAAGAUACCCUCUUGAGGGACUGUAUAUGAGAGAUCAGAACUGGCAGGGACAUGUGAAGAAGGGCAAUAAUCCACAGCAAAAUGAGGGGAAAGAAAUUCCUAAAAUGUCUGAGAGAAAUCUUUCAUGGCAGUCUUCUAACUCUUUACAAAGGAGCAACUUGCAAAGUGGUAUGGAAUCUGAACAUCAACUUCAGUCAUGGUUUAGUCCUUUAACUCAGGAGAGCACCUGUGCUAAAUUACCAAAAGUUUCACUUGGAAAGGAAGCACAAAACAAAACACAGCUCAACCUUUUUGACAGCAGUGAUGAUUCUGACUGAUUAGUGUGUAUACAGCUCUUAUUACAUUUCACAUCAAUAUU